AUGGGCAUUGGCGAUGAGCUCAAGACGCCGGUGCCGCCCAGGUUCAUGGUGCUCAUGGCUGACUGGUGUAACGUCUUUGCGGGUAUCACCCUCGUCAUUUCCUUCUCGCUGAUUGCUGGGGCCUUUACCUUCAAGUGGUUCAAGAUGGAGGGCACGGCCCACACGGUCAUGCAGGUGACCAUGUGUCUUGAGGGUGUGCUGUGGGCUGUGGCUGCCGGGUUCUUGACCAAGAUUAACAUGAUCGUCAACAAUGCCGGUCUUGCUGUGGGACAAACGAUCAUCUGCUUCGGCGGCAUCUUCUUUGCCAUAUCCGGGCUCUACGACGGCGUCCCAGGAAAGAUCAUCAGCCUCCACUAUGUGCUGGCACCCGACUCCAACGCACUUUUUGCGGAUGCCUGUCCUUACUACGGCAUCACCUGCUUCAUGGUUGCCACCAGCAUGGGCUUGCAGGGUGUUUGGCCUUUGCCGAAGAACAAGAUCGUGAGCCCCUUCUGGGCUGUGGCCUGCUUCUUCAUCGGAGCUUGGACCAUCGGUGUGAUCGGAUUGUGGGGGCCGACCUUGAUGGACGGCUUCGUGAGGUACGAAGACUUCGAGGCCCCAACCGACCUCUACAAGCAGAGGACGUUUGCGUGGGCUUGGAUCCACAUUUUCCAAGUGAUCGGCGCGAUCUUCUUGACUGCGGGCGGCAUCAUCUUCGGAGUUCUUGAGGGCAACCAAGGCCUCAUGGACGGCAUCUUCCCUUUCGGUGGGCCCAGCGGAGAGGUGGAGAGCGAUGAUGAUUAUGAUAGCAGUGAUGUCUGGGAAGCACCAGCUGCCGGCUACUUCUUCCAGGGCGAGCGCAUUAUCUCGGCCGUCCUUGAAGAGCUUAGGAACCGCUCGGUUUUCGAGAGCGUCGAUCUACUGGUCUUCGGCGGCUGCUCUGCGGGGGGCCGUGGAGCGCUCUACAACUUGGACAGGGUCUGCUCUGGGUUGCCGGCUGCGCUGCGUUGCCGGGGCUUUUUGGAUGCGGCGUGGUGGGUCCGGGAUGAGGGCGCCCUGGAGCAGGGUGCGAAGGAGGGCCUGCAGCUGUGGGGGCCGUCUGAAUCACUGGCGCCUUGCCUUGCGUCGGCAGGACAGCAUGCGGCUCACUUGUGUCUCUUCGGGCCGCACUUCGCGCCAUAUGUCCGGACUCCAUUUUUGGUGCAUGAAGAGCAGUUCGACUAUUUUAUGCUGUCAAAGCGUGGUGUCCAGCGUCCUGUUAUCCUGUGGAGCCCGGAGGCUUGGCAGCUCGCCCGGGAUCUGCAAGGGCAGGUGAAGAGCACCCUGCCGAUACUCAGCGGCCGGCGUGAUGCUGCGGCCUACUCCGCGACCUGCACGCAGCACUGCUUCGCCGAGAGCGAACUCUUCUGGCGAGUGCGGGUCCAGCGGCGGGGCCCUGGCUUCCAGAGCUGGAGCCUCGAGCAGCUCGCCCGCUCCUGGCUGCAGGAAACGUCCCCAGGGCCCGAUCUCGCGGGCGGCGUUCUGAUUGACGACUGCUUUGAUCCGAACUGUUCCUCCGGCUGUCCCUUCGAGCCCUCCCCACGGGACCUGCUGCUCUUUGCGUGUCUUCUCCUGGCGCUGCUCGCGUGUUGUAUCCUGCUGCUGUUGAGACGACGUUGGCUCCUGGGGCGAUGCCGGCGGCGUUUUCGGCCGGAGCGAUCGCCCGCUCCGCAAAUGCUCGGCACAAGCUUUGGAGAAGCCGACGGAUUGCCCCCUCACGCCAUCAACAGCUCGAAUAUAGACAGAACGUCUCUGGACCAGCAGGAGUGGUAG